GCAUCAUGUCUGAGUCCAGGUUGAGAGUGCCCGACAAGGUCAAGGAAGUCGCCAGGGAGGACUUUGACCAGUACAAGCAGCUUGCCUCAGACGCCGUCCGCUCGGCAGCAUAUCUCUAUCCUUUCAAGGGAAUCGCCUACUUCUUCACGCACCGAGCACUAUGGAAGCCUCUCGCUGCCAAGCUCGUCCCGACCAUCUCCCUUGGGCUGGGUGUCACUGUCAUGAUGUUCGCCGUCACCUAUGUCCCUCAAGCUGCCCUUCUCACCAUCUUCAACGGCCCGCUCGCCAUCCUUACCACUGUUCUGCUUGUCCUCAGCGAGUCGUCUACCAUCUUCUCCGUCCUGAGCAAGAACUUUCUCAUCGACGAUGCCCUGAUUGAUACCUUUGACGGCACACUGGUCUGCCGCAACAAGACUACGCUGGUAUCCAAAGAACGCCAGGUCAAAUCGGGAAGCGACCCCAUCGCAAAGCUGGGCAAGCUUGUCAGCUCCCCCUUUGCAAAGUUCACUCCCAAGGCCAUCAUCCGGUAUUUCAUGUACUUGCCCAUCACUGCCAUCCCUAUUGUUGGCACGUUCAUUUUUAUCGUGCUUCAAGGACGCAAGUUCGGCCCAACCGCGCAUGCUAGGUACUUCCAGCUCAAGCAGAUGAAGAAGCAAGAGAAGCAGCAGUUCAUCGAGGAGCGCAAGGCUGCAUAUGCUAGCUUUGGCAUUCCUGCCGUCCUUCUCGAGCUGAUCCCUGUCGCCGGAAUCUUCUUUACCUUCACGAAUACCGUUGGUGCUGCCCUCUGGGCUGCGGACAUUGAGGAUGGCCUACGUCCAAACGACAGUCGCGAAGGCAGCACCACUGCCCCCAGGCUGCGCCAGCAGGCUGAGAUCGCCAAAGAACGGGAGUUGUGAGAAGCGCACUAUCCUUCCUUGGUACGAAACGAAUAGUCUCCAAUCAUAUGCUAAUGAUUAGGGCCAAGGGUGUUUGGACCUUAUGUGCGUCAUGGGCCUGACGGGCGUUAUCGGUACCCCUGGCGACCUCCGUAGGCCCGAGGGAAUCUUUUGGGCUGGCCGUAAUACAUGAGCGGCUUUUACGAGAAACAAUGGCUUUGGCGGAGACGGGCAUAUCACAUGGAAUUGUUACGAUGCUGAAAUAAUGUAUAAUAUCUGUAUUCUUGAUCCAUCUUGCGUUCGUCCAACUCAUGCGGCCAUAAUGCUGAACACCAAAGCAAUGCAAUGUUGCAGCAGAAACUCACUCUGGCUAAAUGAUAUUCAAUGU